ACCUUCCUCUGUCAUCCACCACAUUUUUUUCCUCAGACACUCUUUAUCCCACAUUCAGCCAAUCCCUUUCCUCCUGAAAAAUGUCGGACGAUGGUUAUGGCGAAGGCGGUGGUGAUGACUAUGAUUAUGAUGGUCCGAGUUACGCUGAAGAUACCUUCGACAACGACUACGACUUGCUCAAUGCUGGCCAAGAGGGCGAAGGCGCUCAGGGCGAGGAGGGUGACGGGGCUGCUACUGGAGAUGAUGGCAACCAGAUGAACGGUGUCAAUGGUGCAGAGCAAGACCAGGAGAUGGCUAAUGGUGAAGACGAGGCAGUCGCUGUUGGGGCAGGUUUAGCGGGGGAACGACAACCGAACAAAGUUCGAAUUACGACACCGUACCUGACCAAAUACGAGCGAGCACGAAUACUGGGAACGAGGGCACUGCAAAUCAGUAUGAAUGCUCCCGUUCUCGUGCCCCUCGAUGGAGAAACGGAUGCGCUCCAAAUUGCCAUCAAGGAGCUGUCGCAGCGAAAAAUUCCCCUUAUCAUUCGACGUUAUCUCCCUGAUGGCAGUUUUGAAGAUUGGAGUGUGUCGGAGCUAAUUACAGAUUGACGGCGAGUGGGCAUUGGUGAUUGUAAUCUUAGAAUUUUCGCCGUACUUAUCUUGUGUUCUCCCUUGUU